AUGGUCACCUUACACAUUGCGUAUACCGAGCCAGUCAACGGUAAUGAUUCAGAUGGUCUAAUCCUAACUCGAGAAGAUGUCUGGAAUGGUCUCAAACUAAAGGCCCGACGCCCGGAAGUUUUCAUACCUUCUUUCGACAAUUCACGAGUCAUAGAAGAAAGAGAGAACGGCAACGUCAUCAUCAGAGAGGCGCAUGUUGCGGCUGACCUCCAUGAAUCUCCUAUGGCCGGAAAAUGGGUCAGGGAGGAAUGUAGGCUGCACGAACCCAUUGGAAUAUAUUUUACGUUACCUGGGGGCUCGAUAGUACAAAACAUCAUCUCGGAGGGGCCGAAUAAGAGCCUGUUUCUGACGUUCACGUACGAUUGGAACUUGCCUGAUAUUGAGCCUGGGACGCCUGAGGCUAAGAAAGCCGAGAGUGAUCAUAUGAAAAUAGCGGUGUCAUCUGUUCAAGGGACUAUUCGAGCGCUGAGAAGAAUGGCUACGGAGAAAUCAGAUUGUUCAUAG